GCGUGCACAUACAUUACCUUCCUGGGACACCCUCUUCAGCAAAUGAAGAUGGAGAGAGAGGGAUGCUCAAUUCAACGGCCAGGAGAGAAGAAGAGGCCCACCAAGAGGGGCACAGGUGGGGUGAGACUAUCAACGGACCCACAGAGCGUGGCAGCACGUGAGAGGAGGCACAGGAUAAGCGAACGGUUCAAAAUCCUCCAGAGUAUGGUACCUGGGGGCACAAAGAUGGACACGGUGUCCAUGCUAGAGGAGGCCAUCCACUACGUUAAGUUCCUCAAGACCCAGAUAUGGCUCCAUCAGGCAGCCACGUCAUCACCACCAAUGGUCCCAGUGCCAUUUCCAUUGGAGCCCACCCCACAAGCUCAAGAGGACUCUCUUUCCUUCUAUCCUCCUCUGCAGUCAUUUCCAUCAACACCAUCUUUCUACUUCCAAGGAGUAGAAGAAGAACAGCCACCCCAACUUCUCUCACCACCUUUCUAUUUCUAGAUAUAUUUUGAUGGAGGUUGUCCAAACGCGCCCAAGCCUCUUUUUUUUUUUUCUUUUUCUCAUAGCUGGAUGUAUAUUUUGUCUCUCUACUGUAUCCAUCUAAGCUACUAAGGCUUCAUGAUUACAAAGGUGGUUGUAUAAACGUCCA